AUGGCAUCAACCGCCGCUCGGCCAAAUGCUUUUGCCAUGCUUGGGCCAGUUAUGGCACUGCUCACCAUCUCCGCGGCUGUGUCUAUGGUGUGGAUGCUGGACUGGAAAGAAUCUUUGCGGGACUUGUUAAUGGGCCCUGGGAUCCUGAAACGCAUCAUGAUCACCAUGUUUGUUCUGCUCAACUGGAAGGACAUGCCAUUGGCAUGGACGUUCCGCAUCUUCUAUACCAUCAUCCGCGAUAUAUAUAUUCGCAAGGGAACCCGCCUCGGACCCAGGGCGCUUUUCAAGCCCAUUAUUUCCACAACAUACACCUCCGUCUUUGAGAUCGACUACAACUUGCACAAGUCAAACAGCAGCUUCUUUGCCGACCUCGAUGUCUCUCGCUCACACCUGGUCUCUUUUCUGCUGCGUCCCGCCAUGACGAACCUAGCGCACAAUACCUCCAGCCGGUUCAUCCUGGAUCCCAAGACAGGCAAGCCUAUGAAAGGGGCUCUCUACAUCCCACUUGGGUCCGUGCAGUGCUCAUUCCACAAAGAGAUUGGUCUAUUUAAGAGGUAUGAGCUUUGGAGCAGGGUGCUUUGCUGGGAUAAAAAGUGGUUAUACAUCCUGACGCACUUCCUGCCCGCGGGCACCGCCAAGCCGACGUCAUGGCUCAAUCCUGAGUUUGGCGAGUCUGAGGCCAGAGCCGGCUCAGACCCUACCGACGGUUGGGAGAGAAAAAUUCAGGCUACAGCAAUUAGCAAGUACGUUUUCAAGAUUGGACGAUUCACGGUGCACCCUGCGCGUAUUCUGGAUAAUUCCGGGCUGCUGCCUGAGAGACCUGGCGGUUGGAUCGAGGGUAGUGAGGAGCAGCUCGGUGAUAUGUCUGUUGACUUGAGCGACACAGACCUUACGAUCGACAAGGAAUGGGACUGGCGUCGUGUCGAAGCCCAAAGAAGAAAAGGCAUGACAAUUGCGGCACGCUUCCAUGCUCUUGACGAAGCCAAGAACAUGUUUGACGGUGGAGAGAAUGGUGCCCUUGGGUGA